GAUGGCGAUAGAGGAUAUUUGGAAGGGUUGGCUUCACGUUACGCGGACCUAUUCAGUACACACUACGGCGACGUCCUAAGCUACUUGGAAGAUCUCAGGAGAAAGGAUUGGGUGGACAUGUCUCCUAGAGAACGUGUGGCGGUGACGCCUGAAACGCCACCUCAGGCGUACAGUCCGGUUUCUGGAGCACCUGUUUCAAUACUCGGCCUCACCUCAUCACAAUCUCAACCUAUUUAUGUCCCCGGAAAGUAUCAACAGCCCUCAAGCUGUCUGAGUGAUAAAGAGGAAGACGAGAUCUACGGAUUUGGGUACGGAGUGUACGGGGCGCAAAUGGUAAGGCAACAGCAGCAAAGGUUAAUGGGAGCGCAACCCACAAGUCAUCAACCCCUUUUACUGCAGCACCAGCAAAAUUACCAAACCUGUCUCAGUCCCAGAUCCGCUUACUUUUAUGAAUUUCCUCCAACUGAUCAAAAUUACACGAACACCGGAAAGAAAAAGACAACGUUUUCGAGAUUUCUGAGAGGACUGAAGACCUCACACCGAAAGGAGAAGCACGGAAAUUGUUCACCACGUCACGGACGCGCAGGAACGAGAGGUGUCCCACAAAGGGUCGACACCCCGGACAGCGUCCUGCAGAGUGGUCUUGGUUUAACAGAUUUAGGUCAGCACGCUGUCCUCAGGUCCAUGGUGGAUCCACGAGACUACGAUCGCCUCAGGCACUUGCAAAUGAACGGCAGUACGCCCAAUACUUUCGAGGAGACAAUCUACAAGUUGAAGCUACAGGAAGCCUUGCGAAAACGCGAGCAAUUUACGAAGGAGCACGAAGAAAUUUUGCGGAAUAUAAAACAAGGUUUACUUCAUUUGGACAAGGAGGGUGUCAGAGGUUCGAUAUCUGCCGAUGAUACAUACAUGUAUGACGAGGAUGCCAGGAUGUUGGCCCCAGGGGUGCACGAUAGGGGCCACUGGUACGAUGAGCCACCGUAUGAAAGUGACCCAGAGGACUUCCUGAUGGGCAGCAGUCCGACCGGGCCGACAGCAACAAUUCAAAACGGUCGGGUCUGCUUCACGCUGAACCUGAGGCAGGAGCCGAGGGCGGAGGGUGUGAUUUCGUUACGAAGUGCCGGUGAUAUCUCACUGCCUCGCGAGGCCCCGGUCGGAGUUGGGGGCUCCGUUCUCAAGGGACCUCCUAGACGAGGCCUUAUCUUACCGCAGGCUGGAUAUCCACCCACCAUAAUACCCCUAACGCAUUCUAGGACGUGUAGAGAUCGAGAGAGCGGGGAUUACGCGGGCUCAGACGUGCAGAGCGUUAGUUCAAGAUUGUCAACUUUAUCGGUAGACACAAGCAGAUCCGAACAGCAAGAUACCUCGCAAAUGGUCUCCCCACAGUAUUACACCCAUAUCGAGGAAAAGAUUAGGCACUUCCGCAAACCUGGGCCUCCCUGCACCCGCAGCGAGGACGGCCUCUCGCCGAAUCAGAGCUCCGACUACGAAGAUCAGGAUGAUUACACGAACUGCUCGCAACAAGUCGCCACGGUACACAUGUCUGGCGACGGCAGAUCCGCAGGAGUUGCCAAUUUCGUAGGAAAAGUUCGCGGUCUGAGAGAGGACGUGCAGAGGAAAAUCUCACGUCUGAAGAGUGAGCAAACUGAACCAAGGCGAAUUGACCCAUCGUUUCCUUGCUCCGCUAGUUCCGUUGAAAGUCUUCCAAGUGGUUCCGGAUCCAGUACUCAAGCACUUGUAAGGGCAGGAAGCAAUCACAGUUCGAUAUCAGCUGAAGAUGUCGAACCUAGUCCAACAGAGCCGCAUAUCAUUGGAAAGGCGAAAGCCCUCGUAGACUACACACCCAGUCCGUACGACAAAGAAGCUUUGAAAUUUAAGAAAGGAGACAUAAUUGAAAUUUUAUCGAUGAAUGCGAGCGGUCAAUGGAAGGGAAUAUGCCACGGACGGAGGGGCACAUUUAAAUUUAUUAACGUAGAGUUACUGUCCGAACGCAACAUAAAAGCUCGCCGCGAAAUGAAGUGGCACAGGAACAUCAAAGCAAAGCCAAAAUCUGUCGAAGAUUUACUGCAGAAGGUCGGCUUGCAGGAGUACAUUUCCGUGUUCGUCCUGAAUGGAUACGAGGAUCUCGAGCUGUUCAAGGAACUCGAACCGUCGGAUUUAGAUUAUUUGGGCAUUGUGAACGGCGACCAUCGUGCAAAAAUCCUUACCGCCGUACAAGUGCUGCACGAUUUAGACUCUGGUAGUGAGGGUGACAUAGCUGAAUCAAGUAGCGAAGGCGAUGACCAUAAUAAGGCAUUGUCUAGGGAGCCGGGCGGGAAUUGCUCCCCGUUUGGUAGAAGACAAUUCCCGCGAGAUUCGGGAUGUUACGAUGCGGCAUUGAAGUCAUCUAACAAACAGAUCCACCAACACCAUAACCAGACAUCGCCGCAAGGAGAAUCCGACGUUAGUGACAACAAUACUUUUUGCGAUACCACUAAUAAUCUAGAUUCGGUCGUCGAGCAAUGCAAUAAUGAAAUAUUAGCGCGCGUUAGGCAGGCUCAAAAGAACGUCUUAAAUCUCAAGGAAGAUACCGGCUAUCAACCUAACAUUCCCAACAACACAAUCCCGAAUUCGAGCGGAGACAUGUUGAGGAAAACGAAAGAUUCUUAUGUUAGCAUGCACGGUCAUACAACGUUGAUUGACCCUUGCAGGAGGGCCCGUUCUAGUGCGAGGAAAAUCCACUAUGAGGACUCUUGCGAGGCAGAUCAAAAGCUAAACACUGUAAAAUACGUUGUGGGGGGCAACGAAGUAACUGAAACUAAUUCAACUUUUAUAAGCAGGAGCUGUUUAAGUGAAAAGUCCAGUGAUUCGGGGGUGAGCAGCAGUUCCCUGUCUUCUGCGAAUGUCAAGGACACCCGUCCCGCCGUCCUUCCGCAGAACAUCACCGAAAACCCCGCUCACAGCAUUCUCAAUUUCUCUAAUUGUGCCAACCGAUCCACGUCCACUGCCAAUAAAAAAGUCGCUUAAUCAUAUAAAUAUAUACAUAUAUAAAAAUACAUAUAUUUUAACAGUAAACCGUUUUUUCAGAACGCAAACACAACAAAACAGAUCGCAACAAACAAACCGUUCUUUUAUACAAAUCUUUACAUAUUUUAUAAUUCCCCCUAUUCAUUCCGUUAUCGUCGUCUUGAGACUACUCACACACUCACAUUAAUAGAAUAUCCAUUUUUUUUAUAAAUAAAAAUAAAUGAAUCUUAUUUAAAAGUGAUAGCAACUGAAUGAAAGGAUAAAAUAAGA